UUAAAAUUGCGAGUAAAAACAACUGUAAAUAAAUAACAGUACAAGAAAGAAAUUAUAGAGUACAAUCUCAUUGAGCGUGAUUCGAACCUGCGACCAUUGAUACCACAGACCACAAUUCUACGCAUCACACCACGUCCAUUUAAAAAUUGAAAUGCUAAUUCUUAGCACAUGUAUAUGAUCAUUAACAUUGGUAUUCGUUGCAUACUUUAAGGCGCCACGAACAAAAUGCAUUUCUACACUGUAAAAAUUUGUGUGUACGAAACACUAAAUAGACACUAAAAAUUAAAAUGUGUAAAUCAUUUUAAUAGCACAAGAACUGUAAAAAUAUAAAUCAUAUGUUGCACGAAGGUACCUUAGCAAGGCUUUUACGCUGUAGAUAGCAUUUUAUGCUGGUCUGUGGGUUGCUCGUAGUGGUGUAUUUUCGGUGCAAGGUUUACAUACAAUCGCAUCCCUGCAAGCGUAGUGAAGUGUAGUAGCGGCAUGUGGAGCGGUUUCGAUCGUUGCAGUUCCCGUGGCGUCGAUAUUCAGAGCACCAACAAUGCUGGGAGUAGCCAACAGGAGACUCUGGCCGAAAUUGAACACAUAUCAACGAUAGCCGGCUCGCUGGUAUCAAUUGCUUCCAUAUCACAUACACACACACAAGUACGUUAUCAAUGUACAAACGAUGCCGGUUAUGAGACUGAACACACCUCGCUCAAUUCGGACUUUGAUGAAGCGGAACUGCGUCGCGAAUUGCUGCGUGAUAAAUGGAAAUUGUUGUUCGAUAUGUUCGAUCCCGAGGGUUUUGGUGAGAUACCAGUUGAUGACUUUGUAAAGGCAUUAAAAUCUCCCGAAUUUUUAUCACAAGUGCCUAUGAAUAAACGUGAAUUGCUUCAUGAACGUGCGAAAAAGGCGCAACCGCCGAUCGGACCCGGAUAUGUUACCUUCCAGGAUUUUGUAAAUGUGAUGAGUGGCAAGCGUUCUCGCAGCUUUAAAUGUGCAGUUCAUCAUCGCGAUCGAGAAGUUUGUUCCGAAAAUGAUUUCCAUCUCGUCCUAGAGGAUCCGCCGUUCUUCAAGAAAAUGGUACAUGUCGUCGCCAUGGAAAUAUUGCCCGAGGAGCGUGAUCGAAAGUACUACGCCGAUCGCUAUUCCUGCUGUCCCCCGCCUUUAUUCAUUAUAUUGAUGACAAUCAUAGAGCUCUGUUUUUUCGCCUAUCACACACUCGUGGUUGGAGAAGCUGAACCUGCCGGUCCAGUUCCGAUCGAUUCAUACUUCAUUUACCGUCCCGAUAAGCGUCGUGAAGUGUGGCGCUUUGUAUUCUAUAUGGUAUUGCACGCUGGUUGGUUUCAUCUCGGCUUUAAUUUAUGUGUGCAACUGCUUUUCGGUUUGCCAUUAGAGAUGGUACAUGGCUCUGGACGAAUUGCUUGCAUUUACUUUUCGGGUGUGCUGGCUGGAUCGCUAGGCACUAGUAUUUUUGAUCCCGAAGUGUGCCUAGUGGGCGCCAGUGGUGGUGUAUACGCACUGUUAGCUGCUCAUUUGGCCAAUGUUAUGCUGAAUUUUCAUCAGAUGCGCUACGGCAUUCUACGACUAAUUGCCAUCCUGGUAUUUGCAUCCUGUGACUUUGGCUUUGCAAUUUACGCCCGAUAUGCCGAAGAAUAUCCAUAUAGUCCCUCAGUGUCGUAUGUCGCGCAUUUGACUGGUGCCUUAGCAGGUCUCACAAUCGGCCUGAUUGUACUCAAGAAUUUCGAGCAAAAGCUGCACGAACAGCUUCUGUGGUGGAUCGCCCUUGGAAUUUACACUGCCUACAUCAUAUUUGCAAUAGUCUUUAAUGUGUUGAAUAGCACAGCGGCGUUGAGUCUAGAUGUGGAACCCAUUCAUGCAACUGAAACGUUUUUCAAUGAUUUUCAUGUGUAAUAUAGUUUGUGUUUAUUAUUGCACUCUGGACACUCUUUUUUCUAUAGGAGAGAAUUACAUGAGUGAAUCGAUUUUGGAAAUAUGUUCAUCACAACAUAAGUUUGUAUGUAUAAAUGUAAUGCUUUAAACUGUGUGUUAAACGCUUGCAAUAAGUUGAAGUUUUUUUUGUCUAUAAUAGUUUUGUAUUUCCUCUGUUUUUGUAAAGUGAAUGAAUGAAUUGAAAUUAGUGCUUUUUUGAUAAAAAGUUCAAUAUUAUGUUUUUGUUUAUUAUAUUGUAAUUUUAUGUUUCUGUUAAUUAUAAUUCAGUUUCGGUUUAAUUUGUUAUUUAAUUGCUAAUGAAACAUCAGUGAACAGUAUACAAAAAUUAAGAGGUUUGAGUUGCCUUUAAUGAGGGAUCUCAUUAGAUCGUGCAAUAAUUUAAGUGUACAUUUAUAGAUUUUUGUCUUAAGGGAAAACGCAAUUGAGUCUCUCUCUCUCUGAAUAAUAAAUUGUAAUAAUGAAAUUUGAAAAGUUUCUAAAUUGCCAGUACAAAAUAGUUACUUCUAUCGUAUAUUAAUGAAAUGUAUGUAUGUAAAGCAUUUCAUAUGAUUACAUGUAGAUAUGUUUUUCUAAAUAUAAGAAUAAUAUUUAUUUACUAAAACUAAAAUUAUUUUUAACUCGGAAGAAGUGUAAGCAAUUUGCAUUAAACUGUAUAUAUGUACAUACAUAUACAUAUAUAUAUACAUAAGUAUGUUUUUGAAAAUUGUUUAAUAAACGAAUGUCAGAAAUAAAUUAGUGCACAAUUUGUAAAACUGGUCAUACAUUUGUAUUUAAUUGCCGCUUCAUGUUUAUGAAGAAACAUCAAAUACAUUGUAUAAUAAUCUGAAAUGUAUCAUUUCAAUGAAAUACAAUAUUAUCUAUUACUGCUGCGAAAUGUUUCGGUUUUAUUCCCUUGACAUAAUAGUUAUAAUAGGCUAAGGCGAAGUUAUAGAUAAAACUUUUUUAUCCAAAAUUUGUAUUUUAGAUCGAACGAUGAAGUACUUCAAUUGCUACCCAAGCCAGCCUUUGCUUAAAUUUUCACUGAAUUACAUUUUUUACAGCUAUGAAAGAACAUUGGUACUUAAGAUAUAUAAAAAGUACAUUUCAGAUGUAUAGAUGUAAAUAGUAAACACAAAUAUAUUACUUAUGUAUAUAUAAAAUGUCCCAUUAUGGACAAACACAACACUGCCAUUUGAAGAGCUCUAUGUCUCGCAAAAAUAUCAAAUAAAUAAACUAAUUUAUUUAAGGAAAGCACUGCGAGCUAUUUUUAAUUAUUAUAUAUCUAAACUUUGUACAAUAAAAAAUACAACUAAUUACAAUUUUUAAAUAAAUAUUGUUUUUUUUUACAAAUGCAGCAAAUAUACUAAACA